CGCCCGUUGCGUUUUGGGGAGAAAAGAAAAGAGAAGAAAGAGAUGACACAGAGACACAAUCGAGUCUAGAGAGAGAGAGAGGGGUCUCGAAAUUCACCAAUCGAGCUAACAGAGAGAGAGAGAGAGAAGAGAGAUCUUGAAGACAUAACGGAGAGAGAAAGGUAAUGGCGUUGGGGUUCUUUACGGUGCUAGUACUACUCUUAGCUUACAGCACAGACGCUCUUUAUGGGCCCUCUUCUGAUGUCCUGAUCCUUAACCCCUCCAAUUUCAAGUCCAAGGUUUUGAAUUCCAAUGGUGUUGUGUUAGUUGAAUUUUUUGCUCCGUGGUGUGGACACUGUCAAGCUUUGACACCUACAUGGGAGAAGGUGGCAACAGUGUUAAAGGGUGUAGCCACUGUUGCAGCUCUUGAUGCAGAUGCUCAUAAAUCCCUUGCUCAGGAGUAUGGGAUCAGAGGUUUUCCAACUAUAAAGGUGUUUUCUCCUGGUAAGUCUCCUGCAGACUAUCAGGGAGCAAGAGAAGUCAAACCAAUUGCAGAGUAUGCUGUUCAGCAGAUUAAGGCACUCUUAAGGGAUCGUUUGAAUGGGAAGGCAGCUGGAGGGUCAAAUACGAAGAGUGAAACAAGCGCGUCAGUGGAACUAAAUUCUCGUAACUUUGAUGAAAUGGUCCUUAAAAGUAAAGACCUCUGGAUUGUUGAGUUUUAUGCUCCCUGGUGUGGGCACUGUAAGAAGCUUGCACCUGAAUGGAAAAAAGCUGCAAAUAACUUGAAAGGAAAGUUGAAGUUGGGCCAUGUUGACUGUGAUACUGAAAAGUCUCUCAUGAGUAGGUUCAAUGUGCAAGGGUUCCCCACAAUCUUGGUGUUUGGUGUUGACAAGGACAGCCCAUAUCCCUAUGAGGGUGCAAGAGCUGCUUCUGCAAUUGAGUCAUUUGCCCUUGAGCAGCUUGAGACAAAUGUUCCUCCACCUGAAGUGACCGAGCUUACUGGUCCGGAAGUGAUGGAUGAGAAGUGUGCUUCUGCGGCUAUCUGUUUUGUAUCCUUCCUCCCAGACAUUCUUGAUUCAAAGGCAGAUGGGAGGAACAAGCAUCUUGAACUCGUCUUAUCUGUGGCUGAGAGAUUCAAAAGAAAUGCAUACAGCUAUGUUUGGGCAGCUGCAGGAAAGCAGGCUGAACUUGAGAAGACAGUUGGUGUUGGUGGAUAUGGGUACCCUGCGUUGGUUGCCCUCAAUGUUAAGAAGGGUGUCUAUGCUCCCCUUCGCAGUGCCUUUGAGCAUGACCAAAUUGUAGAGUUCAUCAAAGAAGCUGGACGUGGGGGUAAAGGCAAUUUGCCGCUCGAGAGUGUACCAAUUGUCACGAAAACAGAGCCAUGGGAUGGUAAAGAUGGAGAGAUCCUUGAAGAGGAUGAAUUCUCUCUUGAAGAGCUUAUGGGGGAGGAUGCUACACCUAAGGAUGAAUUGUAGUGUUCAUUAUAGAAAUCCCAAGAGAAUAAUUUUUGAUGAGCCUAGUGAAUUUGGUUUCUCUUAUAGUUGGGAGGUGGAAAAAUCUUUCUGCUUGCAUGGCACCUCCUUUUCUAUAAAGGACAUGGUUUCUAUGAGUCCGUGUAGAAAUGAGUCACCUCUUAAAACUCUAAAACUCUAUUUGAGAUGGAA